GAUGGCCUGGUGGAUGGCGGAUCUUCCUCAACUGCAUGUAUAAAGCAUCAAUGGAGUAGUUCCAGGUUACCGAUCGUACCUCCACGAUGGUAUGCUAUUACUGUGGCAAGACGGCUGGCGACCCAUUUCAAUGUGCGAGCUGUUACAACAACCCGAUGGACCCAUCGCGCACUUUAAUGUCUUCCUCAUCCGAGCGGAUCGCUGUUGAAAAAAAUGUUGGGCACAGGAAGGACGACAUGUCGGGUGGCGGUCUACGUCUCGACAUUCCUUCGUCGAAUCAGGCUCCGGCUGACACCGUCGCGAGCUCAAUGACACCUAACCGUAAUCAGUUGCAGGAUACAUCCAGUGCUGGAACAGGCGAGGGAGGAUUAGACUAUGCCUUCUCGAACUCUUCAACUCAUCCAAUUCGGCAAAGUACGAUGCCAACGCAGCUGCGUCGCAUAGUCACGCCUGUUCGCAGCGCCACUGGUUCCGUCUGGGUCACGCAUACGGAUAAUGCGCAUGAGCUCGCUCCUCCAUACUACUACCCGGUGGUCCCUGCGACCUCUCCUCAGAUGAAUUACGAGGAAUGGUGCGCGGCAGCAGCUGAUUUGAACCCGGUCGCACUGUCAGCAGCAGCUAGUCCGGCGAUGAUGUCUAGCGUCGCGGACCAGCAAGACGUAGGUCAGCAAGUCGACAGUCAUGUGGGAUGUAUUGAUCCGGCUUUGAUCGCGCAAGAUAGGGUCGGCGGUGCUAGCUUGGAGCAGGCGAACUGCUCAUCCAGCUACGGGGACCGGUGCGUCUUAGUCUUGGACUAUCGCCGUCUCGAUGUUCACGUCGGUCCCGCAGGCCAUUGCCACACGUUGGUGCGCCUUCUUCCCCCGUCGUAAUCGAGUCGGCAAGCGCAAAUCCACUGUUUAACGCCACGCGUUCGCUGCCUAUCUCUUCUGUGGGAGGUGUCCGGCCAAAACCUUCUCGAGGAACGUGUCAUUUUGGGGAGAAAUG